AUGCAGCAUGGCGGGAACCACGGUGACGGCAGCCCCGUCGGCAACGGCUUCGGGGGGUUCGGCGGUAGCGGGCUGGGGAUGGGCGUCGGGGGGCUGGACCAGAGCAGCGUUGCGAAGCAGAUGGCAGCGCUGAGUGCGGCGGGGCAGGUGCGGAUGCAGACGUCUUCUGUGCAGAGGACCGGCCAAAACUCGGCGGCGCCGAACAUGCAGGCCGCCAGCCCCCAGCAGCAGCAGGCAAUCAUCGCCCGCCGCCGCCAGUUCAUCCACUCCCUCGCCCAGGCUCACUUCCAGCGCGGCCAGCCCCUCCCCCACCAGUUCACAAGCAUCAACACCCCCGGCUACGACCCCGCCACCUCCUCAUGGAACAGACUCCCCCUCGGCAGCGAGCCCGGCAAGCUCCGCGUCAAUGGACGGGACAUCGACAUCUUUCAGAUAUUCCACAUGGUCAUGCAGCGUGGAGGCCCACACAAGAUGACAGAGGAAAAUCGCUGGGCCGAAGCCUUUGCCUCGCUCGACCUUUCUCAAGAACACCUCCACACCUUUGUCCAGAUCGUCUCUGCUCUCUUCGCCCCGUACGACGACGCGGCACGACGCAGUCUGGCCCGCCAACAACAACAGCAACAGGCUGCCGCUCAGCAGCAAGUGCCACAGGCCCCGUCCUCCGACGCGGGUCAACCGUCGCGAAGCGCGUCGGCCGCUCCCAUCAACGACAACAACCUGGGCACGCCACAGUCGUCCAGUCCCAUUAUGGACCGCGACGCCGAAGCCGAGAGCCGCAAACGCAAACUCGCACAGGAAGCAGACGCUAAACGCGCUCGCCAGAGGACCGCCGAAGCAGAGUCUGAAGCGGAAGUGAAGCCUACUACGAGCUCGAGCCCUCCGCCCUCCACCACAGCCUCCGCACCUCCAAAUGGACAGGCGGAUACCCCAAACUCGCCACGCAAGCGCCGCGUCGAGUACCGUCCUAUGGCGCGCCAUCUCGAGGAAUACGGUGGCCGAGCCAUCGACGCCCGUCUCGAGGAUAUCCGGCGAAUUUCCGUCCGCCAGGUCCGUGAUAUGGCCGAGUGGGGUGCUCUGGACGUCGACACGCUCGCGAUGAGCAUUCGCUCUCGGGUGCCCAAUGAGGUCAUAUACGGGCUUACGACGAUGACGAUGCUCAGCAUUCUGAGGAGCGGCCCAACAGGGUUCCCGUUGCACAUAGCGGGAGACGUGUUUGAGGAGAUGUUGGACUUGCUCGAGGAGGUGGCCGGGUUCGAAGAUGUCGAGGAUACGGAUGAUGUGGGGGAUAACCUGGAGGACUUAGUCACCCACGCGCAACUCGCACAAGCUGUCUUAGACGAGGGCAACAAGCUCUUUGCGCCGCUGAAUAGGGAAGAGCCUAUGCGUGCACCCGGACCGCGACCGGCGGACACGAUCCUCUGCAUCGUCAAUAUCCUUCGCAAUCUCGCGGGACCCUCAACAAACGCCGAGAUAUACGGCAAACACCCGCGCGUGCUGCCUAUACUUCUCCGUGUCUGCGGCGUGCAACGGACACCAAGAGGCGGUUUCAAGCCUGUCAGCCCCGCGCUAAACCUCGGCGAGCUCGUAUACGUUCGCCGGGAUACGCUAUACCUCAUGCUCAGCGUCGGCCGCGAACUGACGCUCGCUCCAUCCCUUUCUGCUGCUCCAACACCCACCGCUCUCCGCCUCGCCCGACGCACCUACGCUCUGAUUGCAUCAUUCCUUUUGGAACCCGACGCGCAACCUCCCUCUGUGCUGUUCAUAUCCGGCACAACCCGCCCACCACAACUCCUCGAAGCCGCAUCCGAUACAUUCAGCGCCGUCGCCCAGCCCGACACGACAAGACGCGUACUAGCCCGGGCUGUGCCGCGCGCAUGGCUAGACGGGCUGUUCAGGUGUUAUGCGAGGCGCAUGCCGAUCGCCGAGAUGGAUUUCAGGAUGAUGCAGGAAGAGGCGUGGUUGGGCUAUAUCGAGCGCUGCGUCAUGGGGCUGUUCACGCUCGCGUUCAUCGCGCCGCCCAGUCUGCGGAAGAGCUGGAGGAACGACAAGUCGUUGGCGCUCGGGAAGGUGAUGGGGAAGUUGGUCAAGAAGAUGACGGUGAACGUUGCGCAGGGUAUGAAGCCCUACUGGACCGUGUGCGCGCGUCGGGCCGUCGAGAUGCUCACGCUGCUGGAGAAUGAAGCGGAUUCGUUCGGCGAUCCGGUGCAGAGCGGUGAAGGACAGGUGUUGCAGUUCGGGAUGGGCUAUGGAGAUAAUGAUGACGAGAAGGGCGCGGGAGAGGGUGGGACGGGGAUGUUGGCUUGUCUGGCGGAUGAGGUGCUUUGGGGCGUGAUGCAGCAGAAGGAGGUUGUGCAGGACGACGGGAUGUUCAAGGAAUUGAUUGAUCUCGUGCGGUUCGAGAUGCCCACGUCGGCGUCUAUGGUGGCAGUGUAG